UUAAUGAAACUUCCAUAAAAACACCUCCAGUGAGGUUAAAUAGUGUGGGUGUUGGUGCAGGAACAACACCUGGUUCUAAUGUUUUAAUCGAGCUGUCCAAUCAGGGUCGAGUUCAUGAUGCCGGUUGAGCUGGCGAUGCCGCUUUUCCUCUCCAACAAAGACUUCCAGAGCAGAAAGACGGCGCAGUGCAAGGGUCCGCUGCGGCCGUGUUUCCAUCCGGCGCUCCGAGGGGCCGGCGCUCAGCGGGAGCAAAGCCAACCCAAAAAGCACGUGUCGUUCGCCGACCACAAGGGCCUGGCGCUCGCCGUGGUGAAGAUCUUCUCCGUGUUCGACGACCCUAUCGAAGUCCCGCUCAGCAUCCAGGAGCUUUUCGCCUCUGCGCUCGACAUCUCCAAAGAGGAGGGCAAGCUGGUCCUGGACUUCUCUCAGCCGUCUGCGGACUACAUGCGGUUCCGGGAGCGUCUGGAGCGGGACUUCGUCUGCCUCGAGCACUGCGUGCUGAAGGACCGGGCCGUCGCGGGUACCGUCAAGGUGAAGAACCUGUCGUACGAGAAGGCGGUGACGCUGCGGAUCACGUUCGACACGUGGAAGAGCCACGUCGACGUAGACUGCCCGUACGUCCUGGAUAUGUACUCCGGAUCCGGCUGGGACACCUUCUCGUUCGAACUGGAUUUACCCGAACCGGCGCCGCCGCACGAACAGAUCGAGUUCGCCGUGUUUUACUCCGUGAACGGGAGCACGUACUGGGACAGCAACCACGGCCAGAACUAUAAAAUCAUCCAGUCGGCCCUGAAGAGAAGCCCGAGCGACUCGAACCAUCGGCACGACUCUGACUGGGACGUUUUCUUCGACAGAUACGGCAGCCCCCGGUGCUCGCACGGCAUCUUUCCAGAAUGGCCGAGCUACGCCGGGUACGAGGAUCUCGGCCCGUAUUACUGACUGUCUGUUAUUUUCAUUUAUAAUCGAAAAUCAGCUGUGUAUGGAGGUCCAAACAGAUGUUAGGGCUGUUAGUAAGGAAACCAUCACAAAGGGAUCAAAAGGGAUCAAGCUUUAGCUCAGGAACUUUUGCUCGGUACACCAAACAUGUCGUAUUAACGUUUUAUUCUGUGCAGUAUUAUUCUGUAGGAAUCAUAUUUACAUUUUAAUUUAUGUAUCACAUGAAAUUCUGGUUAAACUGUUAUACUGGUCCAAAUGCUGUAGGUUGUGUGUUCAUUAGAACCAUCAGUCUUUCACUUUUAUUCUGUUCAAACAAGUAUUUUUUGCUAAUGCUGCCUUUAAGAACUUUCUAUCUCAGGAAAUCAGUGUUCUUUUUCGACAAUUCAAAGCUUGCCAAAAUAAAAUGAGUAUAUAUUGUGGCAUGUUUUUAGUGUUUUACAAAGACUUUUAAGUUCAUUAAAGGUAGGAUGAAGGUACUCAAUGAAGGUAUUCGACUGCAGACGUGAAUGAAAUGAGCUUUGGCGCAACAAAAUGUUUGUUACUCACCGGAGACAAACAUACUCACAAUCCAAGCAUAGUCAACGCACAGCAGCUACAACACUCAGAAUCAAGCUUGUGUCUCAUUGUGAAUUAUCCUGCAUGGGUGAAAACAUUUGCGUUUGAUAUGUUUCGAUCCUAUGUCCGGUUUUACAACAAAUGAGGCACUAACCAGACUUUUUUUGGGCCUUUAAAAUGUAUUUGGGAGCUUUUUUUUAUUUCCAUCAAGCCAAACAAGCUCUAGUUUACAGUAAAUGCUCACUUUUGUUGAUAUAGUUGUGGUUGUACGUAUGGUUUACACUGCAAUAAAUGCAGCAUAAUCAUAAAAAGACUAAUAACCGCCACAUUCACAGAUUUUCUAUUGCUGAAUAAGAUGCAGUAAAAAGAUGCAGUACUUGGUGUAAAAUUGAUUUUUCAGUAUUGAAAUACUACUCGAGUGUGUAAUGCAGGUCACUAAAUGUACUCCAGCGUUAACAUAAGCUCAGCUCUGGUUGAUCCAGUGUCUGUAAUUCUGCAGAAUGCAUGAACGAUACCUCACAUUAAUCUCUGCACUAAGUGUAAAUUAAUUUACAUUAUUUACUGCUGCUGCUGCUGAUUUGAUGUUUAAUCAGUUUUUCCUCACACCAAGGUCAAGAUGGUCGUAAAUCCGACCCGUGAACGCGCCUGUAUCAUCUCUACAGAGACUACCGAGUUCAGAACUGUGAAGUUAUAGAUAAAUGAUAAUGUUUGCUGCUAUCUGUACGGUUUACAAGUAAGCUAAGAUAUUUUUGUAUGUUCAGUUGCGUAACACACCGGGUUUCUCAAUGUUUUCCACUUGGCCAGGUUUGCGACGAUUGUGCAAUUUCAUGGAGUAAAUCCUCCCCUGUAAGUGCAAUUUCAGUGUUACCACAGUGCCAUGGGUACGAUACCCUAAACAAAAUCUCACCUGUAGUGUUUUAAAUCACAGUCUGUAAUUGUUUCAGGUUUCUGUUCAGGUUUUGUAAAUAUUUGCACAUUUCACACUGAAAAAAACAACAGUUUUUGUAAUUGUUGUAUUUUAUUUCAUUCUGUUUAAAUUUUAGGGUUUUAAUUUACGGAUGUCAAAUAAAUGCUGUUAAUGU